GUCGCGCCCGCUCUCGCCAUCUUCGCCGCUUCCUCUCCCGGCGGCCGUCUCCUCCUGAGCCUCCCGAGCCCCGGGGCCGUCGUGCCGCGUCGCUCCGACCUCUAGCCGCCGCCAUGAACAUUUUCCGGUUGACCGGGGACUUGUCCCACCUGGCGGCCAUCGUCAUCCUACUGCUGAAGAUCUGGAAGACGCGUUCCUGUGCCGGCAUUUCUGGGAAAAGUCAGCUUCUGUUUGCACUGGUCUUCACAACUCGUUACCUGGAUCUUUUUACUUCAUUUAUUUCAUUAUAUAAUACGUCUAUGAAGCUCAUCUACAUCGCCUGCUCCUAUGCCACAGUGUACCUGAUCUACAUGAAAUUUAAGGCCACCUACGAUGGAAAUCAUGAUACCUUCCGAGUGGAGUUCCUGGUUGUUCCUGUGGGAGGCCUCUCAUUUCUAGUCAACCAUGACUUCUCUCCUCUUGAGAUUCUGUGGACCUUCUCCAUCUACCUUGAGUCAGUGGCCAUCCUUCCCCAGCUGUUUAUGAUCAGCAAGACUGGCGAGGCCGAGACCAUCACUACCCACUACCUGUUUUUCCUGGGGCUCUACCGGGCUUUGUAUCUGGUCAACUGGAUCUGGCGCUUCUACUUUGAGGGUUUCUUCGACCUCAUCGCCGUGGUGGCUGGGGCGGUGCAGACUAUUCUCUACUGCGACUUCUUCUACUUGUACAUCACAAAAGUUCUCAAGGGAAAGAAGCUCAGUUUGCCCGCGUAAGUGCCAAAGACCAUCAGUGUCUGUCCUUCAGGUGCUCGGACAGAAUCCUGACCACAGCACAGGCAGGAGACGCUUGAUGCGGAAAAGCAGAAACUGCUCUGCUGCAGACAGUCACAGUGGCUCUGUGAGAGCAGAGGGAAAGAACCAGAAGGUUUCUGUUCAAUGCAUCUUGCCUUAUCUUUUUUUAUUACAAUGUACAAAGAUUUUUUUACACAAAGAAACUUAAUGCUGUAUUAAUAAAUUCAGCGUGUAGGUAAUUGGAAUAGUUCCAAAAGUGAUGGUUUUGUGCAGAAUAUGUGCAAACUUUUAUUUUAAAAAAAAUUGUUGAGAUUGUUGAUUCUUUGUGUCUACAAUCGAAUUGUACUCCCUGAUAGUUGAGAUUAUAUAGUCAACCAUUUAUCAAAUUUGCAUUCUACCAUAUUUAUUUUUUGCCAAAAGAUGGGUUGUAUGUGUUUGAAAUCAAACAGAAAAAUAAUUGGUUUGAGACACUAUACUCAGUUUGGUGUUUCUGUUCUGAAUUUAUUCCUACCUGCCAUGGAAACCCUUCCUUGGACGCCAGAACACUACAGUAGACUUGCAAGUCUUCCAGUUUUCAUUACCAAAAUUUUAAGGGUCUCAAUGUAGGUGGGAUGUCAGCUAAGGUCACCAAAGGUGCCUGUUCUCAUCCCCUGCUAGGAAGUGUCUGUUUGAGACUGUCCUGAAGGUGCUGACGAUUUCCCGGGCGGGAUUUGGGGCCAUGUGAGUGCAAUGGGGAGGGGGCUAAAACAUCACUCUGGUACAGGACUCUGCUCCUUUGUGGAAUGGAACACAAAUAUCAUUUUGCAAAUCAAAAAGAUCACUAUAACCAUGUCUGUGCUCAGAUUUCAGUUGUUUUUCAUACCACUUCUGGGAGAUAAAAUGAUUUACGGUAUUUUUAAUUGGCAGCACCAAUUAUUAUUCCCUCCCCUCUUUUUUUUUAACUGAGCUCUUGCAUGAUUUACCUUGUGUUACCUUCCUAAAUAAACAUUUUAUUAAACAGGA